AUGACAACACCGCCGGUAUGGCGGCCGCUACCCCCGGCACCCGGCCUACCAAGCUUACUGGUGUCCACGACCUUCUCCACCACGGCCUACACCAUCCAUUUGACCGACUUGUCCAGCAUUUGGGCCGAAACAAUGGACCGCAAGGCCAUCUUACAACGAAGCUUGAACGAGUCAACAAGUAUCGAUCCGACGGAUGGCCCCAGGAACAUGCGAGCCUUCCUGUCCAAGAUCAGAUCCGUCUUUGAUGUCUCACACGAGGACCACGACAAGGCCUCCAUGACGCUCUCCGCCGCCCCAAGUCGAGAAGCUGGCGAAGAUGGCCUGACGAUGCGCAUCACUUGCGAACUGGAAAACAUGCAACCACUGGAAUGGCCCGUGUACCUGCAGAGAUGCCCCCAGUCAAGGCUCGCGACUGAGCUAGUCCUACCCAUCACCCAAGCAAAUUCUGUCAAGACACGCCAAAUCGAUUCGCUCCUUGCUAUUAUUAAGCAGAAAGACAUUGUUAUAACGAAGCUCCUGGACAAACUCGAAGCCAAUGGGACACGCCUGGAGAAUGUCUUCACCGUGCUCUCAGCCAAGCAAAAACCUACGAGACAAAUGGCCGAGGAAAAGGUCAAAGGCCUGGCUCCCCUCCGACCAGACGAGUGGAAGGCCCAGCUGGGUAGUGAUGAAGCAGACAUGGCAACCGUACUUCAAGACGUCUUCGGUGCAUCGGGUCUCGAGUAUCGACCCCAGACUGACGCGGAAGACUUGGUGUCGGACAAUUGGUGGGCCAAGACGGAGGGCUCACCGAUUCCCAUCGUUGUGCCGAAGUCAGCUUCCAGCCAGGAGCCACCGAUGGCAACCUCUUCUGGACCUCAAAAUGAACGAUCUGACGAUAAAGAUACCAUGGGUGGCAACCCGGCUGCAGAUGAGGACGAUGACUUCCAGGUCCAAUCAACACCGCCUCAUCUAAUGUCCACCCGCAAUCGGCCCGCAGCUGCCGCAACCAAGACGGCCGUGGCAGAUGCAGACGAAAGCACCGAGGACGAGGAUGUCUCUCAAGUUCCAGACAGCGUACCGGCACCCCCGCAAGAUCGCAAGAGCCAGCCCACUCGCCUAGGGAUGACCGGACAGAAGCGGCAACCCACGCCAUCUCCUCCCCCGGCUCCUCAAGGCUCAAAGCCGGGAGGUUCUGAGACUGAAACGGAGUCCGAAGACGAUGCUUCCGCAUCAAGAGCAGAGCCGUCGUCUCCUCCCAAGCAAUCCGUACCUGAACGGACAAGAACUUCCAGGAGUGGGCUUGGACAAAUUGGCGGUGGAAAGCGCAGAUCAGUGUCCCCAGAACCGCUAGAGAAGGCAGAAUCACCCAAGAAAGGAGGCCUCGGUCGCAUAGGCGGAGCAAAACGUCACUCCAAGUCUCCCGAGCCACCGAAGAAAGUCGGGCUAGGGCGGAUCGGAGGCGGUGCUCGUCCGUCAAAGACACCCGAACCCGUCGCCCUCGAUGCGGAAGACAGGGGUAGACAUCGGUCCGAAGUUAAACAACCAGAAAAACCCCGAGAAACCUCACAGGAAAGGGCGGAUAAGAAACGAAAUGAGCUGGAGAAGGAACUGCAGAGGAAGGCUGCAUCAGGACCCGCGCGGAAGAAACGGAAGUUCUGA